AUGAAAUCUUUGGGCUCGCAUUCCCUCAUCGGUAUCUCUACGUUCGCUUUUGAAGGAGCGACAGGAAGACGUGUACGAGAAAGCGAAGCUGCGUUCCAUGGCUCGGAGUUGAAGCGGCAUGGCAGCCCUCACCUGUACCAUGGCCAGCCAUCAUGUCUUGAAAUUUUCUUGACAGCAAGACCUCUUCCAAUUUCCUCCCCUACUCGCCGAGAGCUUACCACAGAGAUUCCCAGACUCGACCGAGGCACGCUGGGGUUCUCCGGGCUUCAGAAGACACGUGGCUGCGCUGCAAUGGCAGAAUGCCGCAUGGGAAUUCUCGAUUGGAAGCUUAUGAUAGUCGCAAAUACUACGCUGGCCUUCCGAGGGUAUCUAGCGAUGCAUGAGGUCAAUACGGACAACCUUCCUCCUCCUCCGCCUCCACCUGGAACCCGAAUCUUUCAGCUUUCUCCGGAAUCAUCACGCACAGAUACGGGCUUCCCUGAACACAGGACAUGUCUGGAGCAACACCGCAGGUCGCCAUACCGACCAUGGAUGGCCAAGCGUAACAAAUUCUUAUCUCAGCUCAUUUGCAUCUCGGCAAAGCGGCGCUUGAGAUGUAGUUCUAUCAACGCUGUUUGGAAUUCUCAAGUCACGAAACUUCUCGGGGCCAGCAAUUCAAUGGUGGGCCAACAACCACAGAUCACCCCCACGAGUCUGCUGGCGACAAUCUUCGGACAUCUCAAGAACAUCUAUGUCCCAUCGGCUGAUGAUGAUGGGUCGGGCUCGCUCAUGUCACAUUCUGGGGUUCAAUUUCGGCAAGCCAGCGUGCCGGAAAGCUUCGAGCGGUGCAAGAAGAAAUCACCAGAAGCAAGCGGAAGCAACUUCUGUUGCUUACACGAGAGUGGCCACUCGUCUGGUGCGCGAGAGCUGUGUCCAGCUUUCUUUGUAGGCGCCGUGUGA